UGACUGUCGCAGUUCGCACUAAAGUCGCGACGUCACGAUCGUCGUGUCUCACUCUGUGCAAGCUCAAGUAAAACGAUACGGAAGAUUUCAACUCAACGAACUCGGUAAACAACGGAUCUGAUGCGUAGUUGAUGACCGAUGUACCAGACGACGCCAAUGGACUCUUUUGUCAUUGAAUCACGUGGUCUACGGUGGCGGAAAGUAAUAACGGGGAGAAGGAGGAAUACAAAAGAACGUCGCUUCUAGACGGAAGUUGUGAUUUGUCAUUACGUUCCUGUUAGUUGCUGUUAGUCUCAGGCUCAGGUAAUCUCCCAGCAGCAUCCAGCAGGAACUAGAAAGAGCUUGCAGCUUAAUUGAAGAAUAAACAUGAAGAGUGUGAUAGCCUUGAUGUUACUGGCAGUUCUUGCCACAGGACAGGCUAUUUCCUUCAACAAGAUCUUGGAUGCAGAAUGGUUUAUUUUUAAGACGCAUCAUAAAAAAGUCUACAAAUCUUCGGUUGAGGAAGGAUAUAGAAUGAAAAUUUUUUUGGAUAACAAACGCAAAAUUGUGGAGCACAAUCGCAAAUAUGAGUUGAAUGAAGUUUCUUAUCAAUUGGGAAUGAAUAAAUACGGAGAUAUGUUGCAUCACGAAUUUGUCAAUACUUUGAAUGGUUUCAAUAAGUCAGUCAACGCUCAAAGGCAAUUCUUAGGAGCAACAUUUAUCUCGCCAGCUAAUGUCGAAUUACCAAAAGAAGUCGAUUGGAGAAAACACGGUGCUGUUACAGAAGUUAAGGAUCAAGGACAUUGUGGCUCUUGCUGGGCAUUCUCUACUACUGGAUCUUUGGAAGGACAGCAUUUCAGACAGACCGGUGUUUUAGUAUCACUUAGCGAGCAAAAUCUGAUUGAUUGUUCGGAUAACUACGGCAACAAUGGAUGCAAUGGUGGUUUGAUGGAUUAUGCCUUUCGAUAUGUCAAAGACAAUAAAGGUCUUGAUACCGAAAAGAGUUAUCCAUAUGAAGCAGAGGACGAUAAGUGCAGAUACAAUCCGAAAAAUAGCGGCGCUACUGAUGUCGGCUACGUAGAUGUUCCACACGGAGAUGAAGAGAAAUUAAAGGCUGCAGUCGCUACUAUAGGUCCAGUCUCAGUUGCUAUCGAUGCCUCUCAUGAAUCUUUUCAGCUUUAUAAUAAAGGAGUGUAUUACGAUCCUAACUGCAAUGAAAACAAUUUAGAUCAUGGUGUGUUGAUCGUCGGCUAUGGUACAGACUCAAAAACCGGUUAUGAUUAUUGGUUGGUAAAGAAUAGUUGGGGUGAAACAUGGGGCGAACAUGGAUACAUCAAAAUGGCCAGAAACAAGGACAAUCAUUGUGGUAUAGCAAGCAGUGCCAGCUAUCCUAUCGUUUAACUGCCGUUGAUAAUUAACUUUUUAGUUGUGAUCUACUAAUUCAGAACAUGACAGUUUUAUGAGAGGCCUAAUAAAGUUUUGCAUA